AGUGCUGGGAAGUGAGUGGAAGCUUUAAUCUAAACAAGAUAUUGUUGAUGGCGAGCGGAUGGGGAUUAUCAAGCUGUCUUCUGCCGGAGUCUCAGUAGCAUCCAAGCAUUUCGCAGUGGCGCCGCGCUGUGUGACAGGUGUAGCGUUUCUCUUUGCUUCGUUGCUCCCCUCUCUGAGCCAGGUAAAACAUGCAUACAUGUAAAUGCCUCAGGGAUGCCUGGAAACACAAGGAAUCUGCGCUGUCCUGUUGAAGAAAUGAUCUGUCACAAGCCUCAGUAUUGGGAGAGAAAUCAAACUGAACCGCAAUGAACGGAGGAACCGCGAGGCCAGUUCGAUCUUGUUUCGCUGGGAGUUUGCCCAAAAUAUGAGGCUGCAAGUUCUUGGUUCUGUUUAAGCGCUGGAGCUGAGGAGGCACGGAUCCGACGUGACGGCAAGUGGGCGAAGAAAAGGCUGCUGGAUUUUCCUUUUUUCUUGGCAAAAGAGAGAUUAAACUGGCGGGUUUAUAAUUAAUCCCCCACGCUUCUUGCCCGAUGAUGCUUCCAAGCCCGGUCACGUCGACGCCAUUCUCGGUCAAAGAUAUUCUGAAUCUGGAGCAGCAAACGCGCCAGCAAGUGGCCCACCAUUUACAACAGGAUUUAUCGUCUCAGUUCCAGCCGCCGCCGCCGCCUUCGUGCAUGCACGCCGCGGGGGAAGCCUCCAGUUUUUCGGACGGGGAAGAGAAAAUUCCCUUUUUGAACUCUCUGUCAGUACAAGACAGUCAGGGGGAUCCGAGCCUUUCCCCCGAGCUUUACGUUCACGCAGGACUGAGGAGCCCGUGUGAAACCAAAUUGGACGAGGAGAUCCUACGAGACGAGAGCACGAAAAACUACUCCAUUAAGAAGUGCCCAGAGAGCGAGGACAAUAAGACAGAGGAUGGUGAACGGCCGAAACAGAAGCAGAGAAGGAAACCCCGUGUGCUUUUCUCCCAGGCCCAGGUGUUUGAACUGGAGAGAAGGUUCAAGCAGCAGAGAUACCUGUCUGCCCCCGAGAGGGAGCACCUGGCCAGCACUCUCAAACUGACCUCCACUCAGGUCAAGAUCUGGUUCCAGAACAGGCGCUACAAGUGCAAGCGGCAACGUCAAGACAAAUCAUUGGAGAUCGCGGGCCACCAUCACCCGCCGCCUCCCAGACGAGUGGCGGUCCCCGUGUUGGUCCGGGACGGCAAACCGUGCAUAGCAGGAUCCCAGAGUUACAGCAGCCCUUACAGCGUCGGCGCCAACGCUUACGCCUACAACGGCUACCCCAGCUCGUACGGCAGCUACGGCGGCGCCCCGGCCUACAACGCCAACUAUAGCUGCACCUACACCAGCAUCCCGUCGCUGCCGCCUUCCACGGCGUCCAAUGCCUUCAUGAACGUGGACCUCAGUAACGUGAACGGCACGGUACAGACGCAGUCUCACCAAGGAUCCUCUGUGCCCGCAUGCCAAGGGACUCUGCAGGGCAUCCGAGCCUGGUAAGGUGCCAUGUGAGACCAGAACUGUUGGCUGUUUUCACUGGCCCUGAAUUUUUUUUUACCUUAGGUCAAUUCAGAAAUCAAAGAAAGGUUAUUUUGAAGGAACAAAAAGAUUACUAUUAUGGUUCCCUUUCAGGAAUCCCGCUUGGACAAUCCCAAUUCAUUUCAGAUUCCUUUGGAAUGUCUCUGCCAAAUAUUACACUCUGUUUUGUAUAUUCUCUCCUAACCCUUGUGAUUUCACCCUUUCUCGUUCGAUUUACCUUCAAGACCGACAGGGAUGGAGCACAGACCAUCCUCCGGACUCUACUGUUCACAAUUGCGUUGUUCGGCAGCACAAAAGUAAAUACCCCAAAAGGGGUAUUAGGAAGAGCAGCAGAGAGAGAUAAAGGAGAAAAGAGACACCUUCACAUCUCGUCUGUAGGUUUGGGAGUUAUUUUUGAAAAAACAAAAUACGAAAACAGUGUUGGAUAUGCUUCAGGAAUCCUCAUAAUUCUAAAAGAGGAGAUAUUUGGAGAAAAGACUACGAAUAAUAUAACAUAAACUCCGAAAAGCACCAGAGAUACUAGCGGGUCAGGCAGCGCCUGGUAAAACUCAUUUUCUCUCUCUCUCUCUCUUUCUUCCUCUCUCUCCCACCAGGCCUGUUGCUUAACUUAAUCUGUAUUCCAUAGCCGAUUGACAGCAUCCGCAGUAUUUUGCAUUUUCGGCCUGCUACAAACGUUGUGUUGACUCAUUCUGGGAGACGGGGCUCGUGUUUAAAAGGCCAGCAAUUUCUGCCCCUCCCGAGCUCCUCUUUAUGAACUGAAGCAGUUUGAUUGAAAUAGACCACCUCAGUCGGCAGCUAAGAGAUGCUGCUAUGCCAGUUAAGUCAAUUUGUAAAGCAGGUAAAGUACAACAGAAAACAGAGUAUUUUUUUAAAUGAACCUUCAUGGGUCACGUUUGCUGAAACCAGUCUUUUUUUUUAAAGAAAAGCCUAUAAUUUGUACAUGUUGUACACUAGGUUUAAAUUUUCAAACUGCAGUGGGUUGGGGUAGCGGUAUUAUUGACAUAACUGCCAAACUACCCUUCCCCAAUAUUAGUAUUAGUUCGAACCGACCCUUUCACAGCGGAAUUCCGUUUUUGAAGUCACACUUGAAGAAUCAGGGAUUCGCCUCAAACACCUUCCUUAUGAAGUCUGCGCAUAAUUUAAACAUUUAGCAGCAUUGCUAAAGCAAAGGAUCCACGAGCUGUGAGUUAGAACUCCUUUUCAGGUGGAUCAGAAAAUAAAUAAACAUAAACAGAACUUUGGCCAAAAAAUGUCUCAUGUACAUACCGAGCAAUUCUCAGAAAACCUUUCACUUUAAUUUGUACCAUAGCUGCGAGUGUUAACAUUUCAGUGGCGUGUAUAAAGUUAUGUAUAUAGCAAAGCUUAUUGUUCGUGAAGGAUUCCCUCUACCCCGUCCCCAGCUUGUAUAAUACUCUGCUAUUCGAAAAAGAAACGCUGGAAUACACUAAGCGGAGUUAUCACAAAAAAUGAAUAAAUGUUGAGGUGCAAUAUGUACAUAUCUGAGUCCCUGGUGUACUUGUUUUGAAGCUAUUAUUUUCGAUGGACGCCUGUGUUAGCGUAAUUCCACUUAAGUGAUUGUUUAGAUAUUAGCAAAAUGCUGUCAGUCCUUAAAGAAAAUACGUUUUGAUUAAAGCGUAACUCUACUUGAACCAUUUGUAUCUACGAUGCUGGGGAGUGGAGAAAAAAAGUAACCGAUAACUAAUUCCGACUCAC